GUGGCAGCUGGAACACAAACUGUGAAUUCUUUCAGUCAGUCAGUCGGUCAAUCGAAGCUGUCUCCGUUUGGUAGCGGAAAAAACAAGAAAAUCCAAAUUGCCGUCAAUACUGCUCUGUUCACACAGUUAUCAUCCUAAUCCCGCCAUUGGACGUUUGUGGUCAUCAACCAUCAGCCAUAAGCCCCAUCUCCUCACCACUCCAAGCAACCGACCUCCUCCAAUGCCGCUCAAUGUUUGACGGUAAUGGCAAGGCACAAUCGCAAUCCGGUUCCGGAGAUGUUUAGCUCGAGCGAGGACGACCUUGCAGCAGACAGUGAGCUAGAGCCAAACGGUGCAAUGGAGGCGGUAGCACCCAUCCUCAACUGUCGCCUCUAUCUGGCGAUAAUGGCGCGGGACGGCUGCCUGCGGCAGACGGAAAAAUCGUUCUACUUCACCGCGGACGAGCAGCUGGUGUACGAAAACUUUUACCGCGACUUUGGGCCGCUGAAUCUCGCGAUGCUGUACCGGUACUGCGAGCGGCUCAACCAGGAGCUGCGCAAGGACGAGCUGGCGAACAAAAACCUCAUCCACUACACGGCGAAGGACCCGAAGAAGAUACUGAACGCCGCGUUCCUGAUCGGGUGCUACAGCAUCAUCUACCUGCACGCGACGGUGCAGAGCGCGAUGAAGGCGCUCGCGCCCGUGCUGAAGCACGCGGGCGGCACCAAGUACUGCGACGCGUCCCAGACCGAGCUGCGCUACCUGUCGCUCAAGGAUUGCUUCGGCGGGGUGCUGAAAGCGCACCAACGCAACUUCUUCAACUUCCAGGACUUCGAUCACGCCGCGUACGAGCACUACGAGCGGGUGGACAACGGCGACCUGAACUGGAUCGUGCCGGGCAAGUUUCUCGCGUUCUGCGGCCCGCACUGCCAGACGCACGUCGCGAACGGGGUGGCCGUGCUCGGGCCGGACGCCUACCUGGAGUACUUCCGGCGCAACCACGUCACGACAGUGGUGCGCCUCAACAUGCGCAAGUACGACGCGAAGGCGUUCACCGAGGCGGGCUUCCAGCAUCACGAUCUGAUCUUCCCGGACGGCAGCAAUCCGGACGACGACAUACUGCAGCAGUUCCUGAAGAUCUGCGAGUCAACCGGCGGUGCCGUGGCCGUCCACUGCAAAGCUGGACUGGGCCGUACCGGCACCCUGAUCGGUGCGUACCUGAUCAAGCACUACCGGUUUACCGCGGCGGAAGCGAUCGCCUGGUUGCGCGUGUGCCGCCCUGGCUCGGUAAUCGGCCAGCAGCAGCUGUGGCUGAAGACGAAGCAGACGGAGCUGCUGAACGCGGGCAACCAGUUCCGCCAGUACUACCCGCACCACACGCCGGAGCGGCACACGUACGGCAUCUACAGCCUGCAGCAGGGCUGGAGUGGGACAAACAGCACCACCAUCACUAACAGCAGCACCACCAACGCUACUGCUGCGCAGGUGGAAGAUGAUGACGAGGAGGAGGAAGAGGAGGAAGAGGAAGAGGAAGAAGGAAGUGGACGAGUAGGGGAAGUGCAGGAGGAUGAGGAGGAGGAUGAAGAUGAAGAGGAAGAGGAGGAGGAGCAGGAGGUGGAGGCGGUGUUGCUGCACGAGCACGUGCGGGGCAUAUCACAGCAGGUAGACACGAUGCGGCUCAGCGAUGAGAGCGAGCGGCAGAUCGAACGCAUGGAAGCGGCAGCUGCUAACCAGUACAACAAUAAUACCCUUCACUUCAAGACUGCCCGGGCGAAGAAGGUGACCGCCACCAAGCUGCUGUCCUCCGCGUACCUGUUGGCGAACCGGGCGCACGGGGGGAGUCGCACCGGCGCGCUGCACGCGGCGACCGGCCGGCAGGCGACGGCGGUCGCGCACGGUCACCGGACGACGGACGCGAUCGUACCCCCGCUAGCCGUCAGUGCCGCCCCGCCCCACCUGCAGCACCGUGCUGGCUCGCAAAAGGCACACGGUGGACGCACCAAGUUAACAAACACCGGCCGGCAAACGGUGCACGGUCGGCAGACGGAAGUGAUCGUGGUGACAUCGCUCACCGGUACACAGGCGGCUCACCAUCAGCGCACGGCAUCGCAAGACGCGUCGCAAGGUGACCAGCUGAACUCGAUCAAAGCGGCGCGACGGCGCCGCGUGCCAACGGCCGCUGGCUUCCUGCAGCAAAGGAGUGGAAGCAUUAAAGUGGCGCAGCAGCAGCAACAGCAGCAGCAGCAGCACCACCACCAUCACCAUCACCACCAAUCGCCGCUAGUGCGGCAGGCGGAAGGGAAUGCAGCGGGUCGGCCGGACAGCAACCGAGCCAGAACCGGUGGAACCGGUAGUGCCAGCAGUGCCAUUGCCUCCCACAGCCUCAACGGGAACGUUGAAGGUAGCGCCGCGGCGGCAACCGCACGGCAAGGGACGGACAGUCGGGCACCGCCGCACCACCGCCCGUCCAAAGCAGUCCGGCCACCGGGUUCGUGCAGUGGCACUGCCCAUCCACCUGCCAGCGACGGCAGUAAAACACGCACCGCAAACGCAGCGACCACCAUCAUCGCCGGCAGGGCAGGCAGUGAUACCGGCAAGCGGUCGCGGAUGAGCCAUUAAAUGGUCCACUCUAGCGGAAGCCCCACUCCCAGCAACCACCCACGACGGACGACGAGACAAACUACGAGGACGGCGUGCGGUGUAUCAUCCAUCACCAACACCACCACCACCAAACCCAGCAGCAGCAGACAGAUUUUCACAGACCCCCUCGUUGCGCGGCGCAGCAAGCGGAUGCACAACCAUCACUAAUAUAGCAUUGUUCGAAUAGUAUUCGCAUUUGUCCCGCGGGAAGCGAUUCGAGCGGCAACAACAUCAACAACAUCCUAAAACAUCCCGCCGUUCCAUACGGCGCGAUCAAACGAUUGACGGCGCCAAACCGCCCGGUGUAUGGCGGUGUGGUCAAACAGGACAGCAAGAUCGUCCACGGGAUUUGUAUGUAUGGUUUUCCAGUUUGCCUUUGUGAAAGCGGGCACAAAAUCUUCAGUUCUAGUUGCUGAGUUAAAAUAUUUAUUUAUUUUUUCUUCUUAAUAUACGCGUUUGUACUUGUUUGUAACAAUGUUUUUCCGUUUUUACAGUAGUUUUAUAAAGUGGUUGAAUUUUGCAUUUCUUAGUUUCAUGUUUGAUGUUACUGGUUGCUGUAUUUGUUUGAUGUUUUGUGACCAUUAUGUGUCAUAUUUUAAUCUCUUGCUCUUUGUUAUUGUUUUAUAAACUAUAAGCUUCUUUUGAAAUCAUACACACCUCAAGUAGUCCACGAAGAACUGAGAAGCAUUUUAUUGUGCUAAACGUCUAGCCAAACAGUAUUAGCAAAGAUAUUUAAAAAAAUCAACGAUUGAAAUUGAAGGCCCAACAGUAGUAACAAAAUCAAAACAUAAGCAUUUAGGAACAGGAACGCAAUGUAUGGUGAAAAUUCAUCGCCUUACUACUGAUAUAGUCGUUAAAUGCAUUUAAAACAGUGCAUUUGGUAAAGUAUAUCCGUUCGCGGUUAACUGUAGGGUUCUGUGCAAUCGUGAGCAAGAUACAACGCAGCAGCAACCAGAGCCUGAAGAUGGACAUACAGGACAAACAGAACAGCUUUCACUGCAAAUACCACGGCCCACAACAGUAUAAGCCGCAAAUACAAAAAUGAUAGCAAAACAAAUUCUCCCCCCCCCUCCCCCCAACUCGCAGAAAAAUUAACAGUAUUAAAAUGAAAGCAACGGGGGAGAGACAUGAACACAUGCUAAUUAACAGCAGCUAACAUCACUCUAAAGGAAAAUAAAAGCCAAGAUAAGUUAAGCCACUUAGCAGAAUGAAAAAGAGAGAAAGAGCUAGAUAGAGUGUAACAAAACCUUAUAAAGAGACUCACCUUAUAAAGCACCAGGACAUUGACAAACAAUUUAGCUAACAAAGUAAGGAAACAAGUAGAGAAACAGCAGAAUUCAGGAGGCCAUAGCAUUUAUUCGAGAUAGAGGGAUACGGAGAAAAAUAGAGAUAAAGAUAUGCAGAAAGAGAAAAAAGAGAGAGAUAGAUAGAGAGAUAGAGAGAGAGAGAGACAGAGAGAGAGAGAGACAGAGAGAGAGAGAGAGAGAGAGAGAGAGAGAGAGAGAGAGAGAGAGAGAGAGAGAGAGUCAAUCCUGUGAUAUUGUUGCUACUUGUUUUGUUUGUCUCCCAAAACAGCUAGGAGGAAACGUGCGGCAAGAAAGAACCGCAAAAAUCGCAUCUUACAGGGGUGUUUGUUUGCUCCCCUUUCUGACACUUGUGGCACACAUUCUGAACUUCUUCCGCCUUAAACAAGAAGAAGAAGAAGAAGAAGAAGAAGAACUUCUUCCGACAUUACGCCACACUAAUGAUGUGUGAAAUCUCAAAUCACGACGCAAAUGUAUCACUUUCACAGAAAGUUCGUCACAAGUGUUUGAACUGCAAAAAAAAACAACAACAACAACAACACUUUAAAAACAUGCAGGCUCCUACACAGAGGCAACAGAUGGUUUAUCCUUUUUCUUCUGUUCUUUGUUUGUUUUUGUUCAACGCGUUUUACGGGGGCAGGAGGGUGCGUUUCCUCACUGCUGAGAGCGCACGGAGCAACACGCAAAUGUAUGUGCAACAUUAACAUUUUUAAUCUAGGCUAGCGGUGUACUUAGGGGGUUAGGGCGGUGCAAUGAUGGCCGAGGUUGGGAGGCGGGAAUGUCGGCCCCUGUUCUCGCACACCCCAACUCGCCCCUUUCCAUUGCGUUAUAAUAGUAAGCUACUCUCUUUAAAUGUACUACCACAGAAGGCAAGACUAAAUUUAAGUUUAAGGUGUGUCUGUUUUUUUUUUAAUUUGGUUUAAUAUGCCCCUCUAUCCCUUAUUAAUAAAAGGUUAACGUCCCCCAUUUUAUGUGCAUUAGUAACAGCUA